GGGAGAGAAAGGAGACUGACGAGGUGCGCGCAUGCGCACGACGCUACCACGCGGGACGUAAUCUCCCUCUGGCCUGGACCCGGAGAAUGGAAGAGCUCGAGAGCGGAGAGGGGGGGUUGGCAGGGCCAGAGGUAGCCAUGGCUACCGAACCCGCGGCGCCCUCCCUUGUGGAUCGAUACUUUACUCGCUGGUAUAAAGCGGAUGUUAAAGGAAAACCCUGUGAGGACCACUGUAUACUACAGCACUCCAACCGAAUAUGUGUCAUCACACUGGCAGGAUCUCAUCCCGUUCUUCAAAGUGGCAAAACCAUUAAAAGUAUCUCCUAUCAGAUCAGUACCAACUGUAGCAGACUUCAGAACAAAGUGUCUGGGAAAUUUAAGCGGGGGGCACAGUUUCUAACAGAACUCGCACCUCUGUGUAAGAUAUACUGCUCCGAUGGAGAAGAAUAUACCAUAUCUAGCUGUGUUAGAGGUCGGCUGAUGGAGGUGAAUGAAAAUAUUCUUCAUAAGCCGUCUCUUCUCCAAGAAAAGCCAUCCACUGAAGGCUACAUUGCAGUUGUGUUACCGAAAUUUGAAGAAAGUAAGAGCGUAACAGAAGGGUUACUGACACAGCAACAGUACGAAGAGGUCGUGAUAAAGCGGAAUAAUGCCACAGCCACGCCGUGAGCCUAGAGGUGGAGAGACAGCAUAGGAUGCUCACCCUCCCUGGACCCAACCAUCAGUGCCCUGGAGAGAGCCAGUGCAUGAGAAGCAUUCCUCACACCGGCCGAGGGAGCAGCCCAAUCCUGCUCUUACCUAACUCCCCUCCUUUGUCUGACUAUCCCAAGCCUUGGUCCCUGUUUGUAGUCCAUCUCUACAUCUGCCUGGCCCAGGUACUUGCUUUGUGUGGGGGCAAGUACAAUUGUGGGCGUUCACUUGAAUAUGUAUGUCAGAAAACAACUUUGGAUGCUUUUUUACCUUUUGUUAGACAGUCUCUCUUUGACUUGGAACUUUGCCAGAUAGCUCAUGUCCUUCCAGGGAGACACCCAUCACCUCUGCUUUCUGUCUUGGAAGGUGCACACACCAUGGCCAAGUUUUAUAUGGGCCAGAAAACCCAAACUCAGGUCUUCAUGUGUUCAUGAUAUAUUACUUUUCAGUUGCUGUGAUAAAAUACUGUAACCAAAAGCAACGUCACAAGAGUAUUUGGGUUUGUAGUUCCAGAGGACUUGAUGUCCAUCCUAGUGGGGAAAAACAGUAGCUAGAACAAGCAGAGAGUGGACUGGAAGCAGGGUGAGGUUAUUAACUGUCCCUGUUGAUGUAAUUUCCCCAGCUAGAUUUCCUGUCCUAAAAGUUCUACCAACUGAAGACCAACUGUUCAAAUACAUGUCCAUGGGUGUUACUUUUUUUCUUAUCAAUCUACAACAUUG